AUGGCAUCCCCGCUCAGGAACUCUCCAGUUUCCUUUUCACAUAGUACUGACGUAGACAGUGGCAGCAACUCAAAUCUGCAGUAUCACUUCACUGACGUGGCCCAUAGCAAAGACCUUGUGAAUGCUCUCAAAUUUUUGCGUCAAGAUGAGGACUUGUGUGAUAUUGUUCUUAGGGUUGGUGGUACCAAUAUUUCAGCACAUAAAGUUGUGUUAUCUGCAAGUAGCCCAUACUUUAAAGCAAUGUUUACUGGUAAGUUGCCUGUUAUUUCAGUUGCAACACUAUUAGAGGAUUAAUAAGAGAAAAAGAGACUCUUUGCCACCCCUCCCCCCCACAAAUUCCUUAAAUCCUGCCUAUACCCCUGCACAAUACCAAAUGGUGCGGGUAGGGGUAAAACCACCACCUGGUUAGUUCAGUUGGGAGAGUGCCGGUCUGCUGAGAAAGGGGUUGCGGGUUUGAACCACAACUGGACCAACACUCAGGGUCUUUAAAUGACUGAGAAGAAAGUGCUGCCUUUGUGAUGACAUCUGCAAAUGGUUAGAAUUUCUUAGUAGUCUUCUUGGAUAAGGAUGAAAAACCGUAGGUCCCAUCUCACAGCGCUUACAUUUAUCUGUUCAAAAACCCAAACCACUGUUCGAAAAGAGUAGGGGACGUAGACCCCGGUGGCGUGGUCAACCUCACACAUCAUUCACAUCAUGGGUUGGAUGAGCACAGUAACCUCAUAAAAAGUGGACUGAUAGUGGCUGCCAGUGGUGCCUUUGUAUGCUGACGUCAGAGCUUACUGUUAACAUGUUAAUAUAUAUUGUAAAGAGGGCACUUCUGUUGUCUCUCAUCCAUGACUCCUUCCUUCUUUCCUUCCUUCCUUCCUCCCUUCUUUUGGGGAUGAGAGAACAUUUUAUGAAACAGUUCAUUGAACAGAAGUUGCUUUCUUCUAUUUGUUACAUGUAUAUCACUCUAAAGCGAAAUCAGGAAUUGUUUGCAGAAAGAGUGAACCCUAAAGAUCACAUUCCACCAUAAACAAUCACCCUCUGACGAUGUCAGCUUAGGCAACAUAGGAAAUACUUAACUACAGUUUUAACUUUGGAGGCUUGCUGUUGUGGUGUGAUCAUUCAAUAAUACCCUAUCAGCAGCAUUUUAUCAAAGGAGUUGAAUUUUUUUUGGCCUUUUAAAGUUUAUUAGAAUCAAGUGGGUUAAGUCAGGAAUCAGUGUACUUUUAGUUUUGUAUUGUGUUUGUAAGCGAUCAUGCAGCAUUGACCAAUAAAGUAAAAUCUCUUUUCAAUUCUCAGGGGGCCUAUCAGAGAGUCGACAAAACACAGUGACGCUUCAGGAACUUGAUGAGCAUGCAAUGGAGACCAUUGUGGACUUCUUUUAUAGUGGUGAAAUGGAGAUAUCAGAGGAUAAUGUUCAAGAGCUGUUACCUGUAGCUUGUCUGCUUCAAGUGCAAUCUGUUCAGCAAGCUUGCUGCGAGUUUCUUAAAAGGCAGCUUAGUUCAGAGAAUUGUCUUGGUAAGUUGAGUACAAUGCAAACCUCUAAUAAGUGGACACACUAAGGACCAACACGAUUCUACCAAAGGAAGGAUCAAAAUUGCAGGGUGGUCCAUGACUAAGUAACCUCUUGUAUGAGGUAUCCAUUAAGCUUGUGACAUAUAUAGAGGAUAUUACACGGUGGCGAGAAGAUAUGAAUUUUAUGUUCGAGUGGCAAGAACAAUAUCUCACGAGUGAGCGAAGCGAACGAGUGAGAUAUUGUUCUUGCCACGAGAACAUAAAAUUCAUAUCUUCGAGCCAACGUGUAAUGUUCUUUUUAUUAUAUGGAGAAACCGAAACAAAAGCAAAAGGCGGGAAUCGUGACGUCAUUGAAUGAUACGACACUCACAAAGGUGACAUACGGAAAAUACGCCACUCGGGUCCCGGAUGAAGUGGCGUAUGGAAUCUACGAGUGGUUUAGUUCCCAGUAAAACACCCUCCUCCAUAUAAUAAAUAUGGUUUAACUUUUGUUGAUCAACAAAUACAUGUAUUGCCACCCUGGCUAUUCAACAAGUUACAGCUUGUUGAAUUGAAUUCACCCAUCUCUAUUUUUGUUGAACACUGGUUAAUAAAGUUUAACAUGUUAAUUAAAUGAGCUUAUUCAAUAGUCAACAUAAUAUGAUACACUGUGCAGCAUUUGUUGUUGUUCAAUAUUAUUUUGAGUCACUUGCUUUAGUGGUGGCUUGACUUUAGAUUGACUAGCAUUUUUCUGGAAGCCAGAGUGUAGAAUUGAAUACGUGUACAGUACACUUUUGACUUUGCUGUCCCCAUGAGUAGUAUGCAGGAAGUGUGUGUACUGUCUUUGAACUCAGCAAAAUUUAACGGCCUUGCUCUCUACAAGUCUGUCUGAGCUCAGCUGACAGAGCACUGGCCGAGUGUUAAGGGAAAGCCCAGGUUUCAAAUCCUGUCAGUGAUCAAGAGUUUUUUUUUGUUUUACCCAAGCUCAUAACAUGAUCUUCAAGUUGAACCUUCAUCAAGCAUUCAUCCGUGGGGAAGGGACAAAUGUCCACUUAACCCUUUAAGCGCUAAGAGUGAUCAGCAUGAAAUUUCUCCUUAUAAUAUCAAUACUGUAGAAAUUAGAGUGGUCAUGAGAAUUGAGUGCAUGAUCAGUGAAUAUGGGUCUAAUUGAUAUUUUAACAAAUUCUCCCCACUACUUCUGUUGAAAAAGUAUAAGAACAGUAAAUGAGAAUCUCAAUUUUUAAUCUUAGGGUUUUAAAGGGUUAAUAACCGUUCUGUUUAUAGUGAUAAACUGAUAAUUUUUGUCCACUGGGAGUUGGGAACUGGCCACUGAAUCGAGGGCAGCCAUUUGAUAGAAGGCCAUCUAUUAGAGUUUCAAUGCUAUAAAAAUCUUCACAAAAAUAUGCCAAACAUUUUUAGCGAGAUCAUCACUGUAAUUAAGGUUUUGAAUACAUUGGUGUAAAUUACAAUUUAUUAGAUGGUCUUUAUCAAUUUUUCCUUUUCUUAUCAUAUUUUUUUUUAUGCAGGAAUUGUUGCCUUUGCUGAUCGUCAUAACUGCGCAGAGUUAGUGACGGAGUCAGAGUCCUUUGCAAGGCAACAUUUUAUCGACGUUGUUCAGAAUGAAGAAUUCAUGGACAUAUCAGCCAAGCAGUUGUCACGGCUUCUAGCUAACGAUGAUCUUAAUAUUCUGUCUGAAGAGCGCGUCUUCGAAGCAGCUUUGGCUUGGAUUAAAUACGAUCCUGACGUUAGAAAGGUACAUUCACAUAAGGACCAACAUCCAAUUUCUCCUUAUGUGUCACGCUUAAUCUAAAUCAAAAGCAAUGAGAAUUCAGGAAAUGAUCACCAAAAGUGAAUGAGGAUUUCGUGCUAAGAUGGUCUUGGGAUUCUCUAUACGAAAUUAGAUUGUUUUGUUGUACGACAUACUGCUACAUGAGAAAUUUCUGCAAUUUGAUUGGCUUAGAGCAGUGGUAUUUCAGCUUAAUUUGAAAUACCUACAUGUGAAAAUUACAAACCUUUUGUGGGUAGUAGUAUAAACAAAUAGUAGCAUGAUUUGUAUGUGAUAUUUGGCAUAGAUACCACUUGUGAUAUUUCAAAAUUGUCUCAAAUUUCACUCGCCUACUGGCUCGUGAAAUUACGUAUAACAACUUCCAAAUAUCACUCGUGGUAUUUAUGCCAAAUAUCACGAACAAUCAUGCUAUUACCUAUACUAAUAAUAUCUGAACACAAGUUUGUUAGGCCAUGCUUCUUUUUCGCGUACACUGAAACGCAUCUAAAGGUCAGCAACCACAACAGCAUUUUCGCAUCAUUUUCAGCCGUCCACACAAAGGACAAAGCCAUCAAAAAACGCAUAUCUGGAAAUAUGUGUUAAUACCAGGCUAUCUCAGACGUGUUGUUUCCAAUUUUUCGCGCUGUUGUUUGCUUUUACCGGCGAAGCCGGGUAAUGCAUGAGCAGCAAUAAAGUCAGUUUACUCAAAAAACCUUUGUUUUUGCCGUUCACAGUAAGAGCUGUAGACCUUCAUAAUUAUCAAAACAACCAUUUUCGAAAGCGUUUUCGAUAACCUCUGUUUUUUAAGGCUUUAAUCUGGGCGCAAUUUCAAAACGCAUUAAAAUGAGUGUACAUAGGAUCCAUAGUGUACGUUUUUACCAUAGUACAGUGUAAACGUGUAUUAGGCGCUCUGAUUUGACUGUUGGUUCGUUAUUUGUUUUCAGGAGUCCGCAUCCGAAAUCCUUAACAAUGUCAGAUUUCCU